GGAGUAAUUCGCCCCUUAAAUCUAAAAUGGCGAUUGGUUAAAUGAGUUGCGGGUUUUAAAAUAAUCUUGAAUCAUGUUAUAGUUACUUUAUUGUUAUUUCGUGAUAAAAAGGAUCAAUAAUAAUGAUCAAUUCUUUAUUAAAAAAAUUAAAUAAUUCUUUUUGGCAGAAAAUAUAAACUUAUUUUACACAGUGAAUGUUAUUGUGUUUAGAUGAAGUUUGACUAGCUGUGGACGCGUUAUUGCACCGGCGUCAAGUUGCAGAUAUAUACUCUGCGCCUGUAAAGAAGUACACUCAUAUGGAUUGAACUGUGAUUUUAUUCUAAACUAGUCUUGAAGAACCUACUAAAUAUGGACUCUGUUAGCGAAGUGGAACACAUUAGGCUGGUUAAAGAGGCAGAGAGUUUAAAGAUACGUUUAGAGGAUGAACGACAAAAGCUAAAUGAUGUUACUCUUGCCAGUGUAGCUGAUCGAUUGGAAGGAAUAAAUUGCAUAAAUGUAAAACCUCGACGUGUUUUGAAAGGGCAUCAGGCUAAAGUUCUUUGUUCUGACUGGUCUCCUGAUAAACGUCAUAUUGUUUCUUCUUCUCAGGAUGGCAAAAUGAUAAUAUGGGAUGCUUUCACAACAAAUAAGGAACAUGCAGUUACAAUGCCUACAAUAUGGGUAAUGGCAUGUGCUUAUGCUCCUAGUGGUGUUUUAGUAGCAUGUGGGGGAUUAGACAACAAAGUAACAGUUUAUCCUCUAAGUUUAGAAGAUGAUGUUACUACUCGUAAAAAAACUGUUGGAACUCACACAUCGUACAUGUCGUGUUGUGCAUUUCCCAAUAGCGAUCAACAAAUUUUAACAGGAAGCGGUGAUAGUACAUGUGCUUUAUGGGAUGUUGAAAGUGGUCAAUUGCUUCAAAGUUUUCACGGACAUUCUAGCGAUGUUAUGUCAAUUGAUUUAGCACCAAGCGAAACUGGCAACACGUUUGUAUCGGGUAGUUGCGACAAAAUGGUUCUAAUUUGGGAUAUGCGUAGUGGACAAUGUGUUCAAAGCUUUGAAGGACAUCAGUCCGAUGUUAAUUCGGUAAGAUUUCAUCCAAGUGGCGAUGCAGUAGCAACAGGUUCCGAUGAUGCUACCUGCCGACUUUUUGAUUUACGCGCCGAUAAAGAAGUAGCUAUUUAUGCGAAAGAAAGUAUCAUAUUCGGAGCAAAUACAAUAGAUCUCAGUGUUAGUGGACGUUUAUUGUUUGCUGGGUAUAAUGAUUAUACAGUAAAUAUAUGGGAUACUUUAAAGUGCCAAAGAGUAGCACUUUUAUAUGGACACGAUAAUCGUGUGUCUUGUUUGAGAGUUUCACCGGAUGGUACUGCCGUUUCAACUGGAAGUUGGGAUUCGACGCUACGUGUUUGGGCUUAGAUUUAAAUUUAAUCUCUCUUUCCUAAUGCCUACCGAUACACUUCAGAACAUGUAUUCUAUACACAAGCCUUAUGUUAAUUAUGGCGAAAUGGAAGGUACUGUUAUGAUCAUAUAUGUAUUAGCAUGCAAUUGAAAUUUGAGUAAAUGCCAUUUAAUCGUUAGAUAAUUACAAAUAUAUCAUAUAGUUGAUCAUUCAAAAAUUAUGUUAGGCUGGCCCUAAUUUAUAUAGAAGAUGGAAAAAAGAAAAAUAAAGAAAUUUAUUUCAUUGAUUGUUGUAUAAACUGUUACAUACAUAUUAUGUGAAAUCAAAUAAAGAUUAGAUUAAUAUGAAAUUUAUGUUACCUUCGUACUGUUCGAUUCAAGAUGAACUCUUGAAAUACCUAAGAAUAAAGAUAAGGUGAAAUAGUAAAAAGCGUAUUUACCGCGCACCAUAUAAUUUUGUCUCUCAUUGACAAGUACAAUAUCUCGUUUGAUUCGUAUUCGUGCGUACACUAUUGUAUAAUUAUUCGUUAUUCACUACAUCGCCGUUUAAUUUCAGUCGUAGUGUGAAACGGCCUAUCUCAUUCUCACACAGAUCAAUUCCACAGCCGGCUUAUUUAAAAAAAUGAGUCGCUCGAGUAUGAUGACGAUGAUGAUGAUGAUUAUUAUUAUUAUUAUUAUUAUUAUUAUUAUUAUUAUUAUUAUUAUUAUUAUUAAAUAACGAGCCGGCGAGGUAAAAUUGCAACUUAAUUUAUUAAUUCGACAGUUAUAAAUAUCAUUAUUACUAAACCGUCUGUCAUCAAUAAUUUUAUAUAAUCCUUAACUUGCGGUAAAACGAAGUCAUGGAACAUAAUAGAGUUCCGUAUACAUUCUUGUCGUUUCGGACAGUAUAAAAAAGAACACUCGCGGAAUAUAAACUUGGUGGAGGGAGAUCGAUGAAAGCAAAAAUAAAAAAAAAACAAUGAUCAAAAAAAUCCUAUUAUAAAAAAUAAUUCAUGGAACCAGUAUUAUGCAAACAGCGAUUAAUCGACACGAUUUGUCUAGAAUUGCACCAUCCUUAAAGUUAACGGAAUAUCAUGUUAGCCCAGUUACAUGAGCUGAAGAUGCAAUUUUGACACAUUUAUAUACAACGUGUCCUUACACAUAACAAAAUAUUAAUGAUCUUCUUAUUAUAAUUCAUUUCAUGAAGAAAAUGCAAAGGAAAAGAAGAUCCCCGGUGGUCGUAGUUUCUGUUAGAUAUAUUAUAAAACUUUUCUAACAGACUUACUCUAGGAUAGUUUAUAAUUACAAAGAAUUGGAACACUAUAAUGCGUUUGCUAAGAAAGGGAAGAAAAGGAGAAAAAAUAAAAAAAAAAAAAGGAUAGGAAACAAAUUAAAACCAAAAAAACUCUCAGAGUAUUUACAAUUAAUUAUCGAGCACGACGGAUGUAUGUGUUUAUGUGUAGUUAGGUAAAUACAACAAAACUGAUGUUCAGUCGGUGCAAUUCAAAAUUGCUCGUGAUAUAAUGUGCCGUAUAAAUAAA